CUCACCUCUUUUCGCGACCUAUCAUACGAUUCAUUGUAAUGAAACGUCGAUUCAUUUCGCGUCUGCUCAUGCAUACAGUUUACAGUUGCUUCAUUACCUUUAGACUGCGCAUGGCCGUCCGCUUCGGCGAAUGCGGUGUGCAGUAAGUGUGGUGCAGUUCCCUUUAUUGCUUCGCUUUCCCUCGCCGGCAUUGCUUAUUUUAGCGCGAGCCGUUCCUUCCAAUUGCCUUUGCCACGGGUCUCAAUACGCCGCGUGUCGCAUGGGUCCUUCAUACCACAUGAGCGCUUGAUAACGCUACCGUGUUAUAAGAAUCACUGACUCACUGAACUUUGUGAUCUUGUUGCCGGCUACAUCCUCUAGCUACCAUGUCUGACGCGCAAACAGAAAUCGAAAAACUUGGCAGUGGCAGCAGCGAGGACUCUGGUUCUCAGCGCGCAGAAAUUUUUGAACGUCCGACUGGAUGGAGGGGAUACUAUGAACACCCCAUCACGCAGGUCUCGCUGUUGGGAUUCGUGUGUUUCAUGUGCCCCGGCAUGUUCAACGCGCUUACUGGUCUCGGAGGUGGAGGCCAAGUCAACUCUACGGACCAGGCCAGAGCUAGCGCUACCUUGUACUCGACUUUUGCGUUUUUUGGCUUCUUUGCCGGUUCGGUUAACAAUGUGAUUGGUCCCCGACGGACACUAAUGCUUGGCACAUGGGGCUACUCGUUGUAUAUUGCUGCCUUCCUCGCUGUCAACAUUCAUGCUGGUGCGGGUGCUUUUGUUGUCACAGCCGGUGCCAUUCUUGGCGCCUGUGCGGCUUUUCUUUGGACCGCCCAGGGCUCGAUGAUGAUGUCAUACCCCACUGAGGCUCAGAAGGGCAUGUUCAUCAGUAUCUUUUGGGCUAUCUUCAACCUUGGAGGGGUUGUUGGGUCUGCUAUCUCGUUUGGAAGCAAUUUCAAGAGUACGAGCAACAGCGUUGGCAAUGGAACAUAUGUCGGCUUCUUGAUCCUGACUCUCAUUGGCGUGUUUAUCCCGCUGCUCAUGGUGGACCCAAACAAAAUGAUCCGAACGGAUGGAACUCGCGUGAACACGGUCCGCCACCCAUCCUGGAAGACGGAGUUCCUCAGCCUGUUCGUAGCCCUGAAGACUGACCCUUGGGUUAUAUUCCUCUUUCCGAUGUUUGCUGCCAGCAAUUACUUCUAUACCUGGCAAUUCAAUGAUUACAAUGGCGCAAUAUUCAACAUCCGCGCUCGGGGUCUGAACAACUUUGUGUACUGGACGUCACAGAUCUUCGGAUCCAUCUUCAUUGGUUACUUUGUCCUUGACCAGAAGAACGUUCGGCGCAGAGUCCGUGCCUUCUAUGGCUGGAUCCUCGUGUUCUUCAUGAUAUUCGUUGUCCACGUCUGGGCAUACUUUUACCAAAAGACAUAUACCCGGAUUGAGGAGACUGCUCUAGGUGCUUAUAAAAUCGAUAUCUUGGAUUCAAACUACCCUUCCCAUGUCUGGCUCAUGAUCUUUUAUGGCUUCCUGGAUUCGAUGUGGCAAACAUAUGCAUACUGGCUAAUGGGCGCAAUGUCGAACGACCCUGCCAAGCUGGCCGUGUUCGCUGGCUUUUACAAGUGCCUGCAAUCAGUGGGUGCAGCAUCUGUCUGGGCUGCCGAUAGUGCUAGUGUCCCAUACAUGAACAUUUUCCUGUCGACGUGGUGCCUCACAGUCGCUGGCAUGAUCUUCGCCGCACCGAUGGUGUACCUUCGUGUCACUGACCACACGGAUAUUGAGGACGAGGUUCUGAUGCAAAUCGCGGGCGUGGAACCGAUCGAGCCUCCAGUGGCUGCAACGACACAGAAGGCAUAAUAUCACGACAACGAUGUAUUGGUCACGAACGGCUCCUUCUGCUUUGGUUAUUAUCUUUUUUUUUCAUGGCAAUGUACUUAGCAACAAUCAACGACUUGUCUGUAGUUUGCUGCAUACUUAUUAAUUAUGGUGAAUCUGAUGUCACUUCAAGUUCAA